GAGAGACACCCCAUUACCCAAAACAGACUCUCCUCGAUAUCUGCGUUACUUUUUCGCUCCCAAGCCAAAAAUAUAUCAUCGCUUCGUUUCUAUUCUCUCCCCCCUCCCCCCUGUCUCGCCGUUUGGUUCCCCUCUCUUCCGGCGACACUCCCAGAAAAAACGUCGAAGAAGAAUCUGAACCGCCACGAACUCGAAAAGCCGUUAGAUUUCUCUCAUCCAAGUUUUUUCUGCUGCAGCAUGCCGAAGUAUAGGAGGGGGAAGUAUCUGGAGGAGUCCAAUGGCGCUUCAGGGGAGUUCCCUGAGUACGGCGCCAUUUUCAUGUCCAACAGCUCCACCAGAAAGGAGUGCCUCAGGCGAGGGAUUUUCGGUUUGCCCAUGUUUCAAGCCGGUUUUGUGAAACAGGUCAGAGCUGGCAUGUUUUUGUUUCUGUUCGAGUUCGAGAGUAGGGAGCUGCACGGUGUCUUUCAGGCUUGCUCUGAUGGUGCUAUCAACAUUGAGCCUGAUGCUUUCUGCUCUUCUGGGAAGCAGUUUCCUGCUCAGGUCAAGUUUACUGAAAAGUGGCGUUGUAGGCCACUUGGUGAAAUGGAGUUUCGUCAUGCCAUUAGUGAUAAUUACUUUACGGCCAAAAAGUUCAACUUUGGACUCUCAAAGGCACAGGUUCUAAGGCUGUUAAAGUUGUUUAGCUUGAAGAAGGUAGAGAGAUCAAAGCCCACAAGAAAUAUUGAAAGGAGGUUGGGAUAUGCAGCUGCUGAUCGCGGGUUUAGGAAUAGGAAUCGUUGUGCAGAAGAAACUGAGGGAGAUUCUGACCGUUGGAUACCAGAAAACGAUGGGUUUAGAGAUGAAUCUGAUAUUGGCGUCAAAGGCAAAGAAGAUAGUGAGUACUCCCGAGAUGCGUCUGGGGUUUUUAGUAGACUCGGUGAUCCCAAAUCGCAUGGGUUAGAGGAUAGAUACAUGAGAAAUAGCUCUAGGACAGAUGAUGACCAGCUAGUUAAUGGUCGAAGAGUCCCAAAGAACUUGAGUCACACCGCAAGUGACUGGCUAGAAAACGAGUACCGUGAAAGAGAUGGUUUCACACAUGAAACUUCGUGGUCUAACCGCGAGGAACACCUUACUUUUGAAGAAGAUUCUGCGGUUCCUGCUCAAGGCUCAGUACCUCCAGAACCAGCAUACGGAUCAACCACAGAACACUAUGACCCUUGUAAUCCUGGGAUCAGGGGAGGUGCAGUGGUGGAAAGCUCUAGGCAUGAUAUUGAUGAAGAACCGGACUACUACAUUCCAAUGCCUACUGAACAUCCUAAAUACCAAACUAGCAUCGGCAUGACUGGAGUAGCUUAUUCUGAAUCUGAAUCUAGAUAUGGUCAUCUUGGUCAUUCUCAGCUUCCUGGUUUCGUAGCUUCUGCAGAAGCCACGGAGAACGUGAUGAACUCUGAGAGGUCUUACCCCAGCCACAGCAUCUACCCUUCCUUUGCUUUUCCUGUGUCCCCUAACGACGGAGUUAACUAUAAAGUUGCAGCAUAUCAACACCAAGAAGAACUUGGAGUUCAUGCUUCUUAUUCAAACGAUAGGGUGGCAAGGGAUUCCAGGAUUUACCCUUCUUUCGCGUCUCCUUCCAAGCUAGGGGAUGGAGUAGAUUUGUAUGCAGAGGGCAGAGCUGAGAACAAAGUUCAAGCUUAUCAACAGAAUGAAGAGUUUGGUGGUGAGGCUUUUGACUCUGACAGUAGAGUGAUCCGUAGUAGUCCUGCUGAAUUUGGGAGAAAGAGAGCCAGAAAAAGUGUCUUUAGUAGGCUUGUUAUGCCUUCAAAAGAACCUGGUGCUGAAGAGGAUUCUUCUCCGAUCGCUGAACCAGUCGAUGAGGUAAUGGCCUUUCUAAACGACUGUCAAAAACAUUUGAUGGAGCAAAAAAGACCAGAUGUAACCAAUCCUGCGAGGUUUGUUAAACCCAAGAAGAAAAAGGAAAAGAUUCAUACAAGAGAGGUACCUGAGAGUGGUGCGAUGCUUCCUUUUACUGAGACUAGUCCAGAUGAUGUGUUGGAUUGUGAAGAAAGGGUGGAUAGUGAUCAAAAGCAACCAUUCAUCGAUUUUAAGCGCCGUAGCCAAGCUGAAAAGGGUAGUUGUAAUCAAACUCAAGAGUCUAAAGACAGUCUCGAGGAAUCAGCUCCUCAGGACAAGAAAAGGAAGCUGCUGAGACCAAAACUAACUGAAGAUGACUCGGAAAAGGAUAGAGGAAACGUUAACAUUCCUAUUGAGGAUGACACAGCGCCAAAGUCAACUAGUGAAAUUCCCCUCCUUGAUCUCCUUGCACGGUUUGGUCAAUAACCAUUCGCACGGAUAUGGAAAUGGAAACACUAAAGGACAGAACAAGGGCUGCUUCUACAAGUGAACGUGGGUGUUCUUCUUGUGUCUUUUAGUUUCUUUCUAAGAUGAGGGUCGUAAAUCUCCUUUUUUUUCUUGUGUUGGAAGUGUAUCUUCGUAAACAACAAUGCUUAACAUGCUUUUUGGAGAGUACAUCUGAUAGGAUUGCUUUCAAUCUUAUCUCUAGGAUUUUGUAAAUGACAUUGCAUAAGGCAAUUAGUCAAGAGGAAUCUCAAUUUUUUUAGGAUGAUACA